AUGAGAAAAUCUAUACCUGCUGAACGUCGACUUGCACUAACCCUUUACUACCUGGCUUCAACGGCAGAAUACAGGACAAUUGCACAUCUCUUUGGUGUUUCGACGUCUUUUGUCUGUAUUUGCAUCAAAGACGUUUGUGAGGCAAUCAACCAACGGUUGUCAAGAGUUAUAAAAUUUCCACAGGGAGAAGAACUUGUGCAAGUAAUAAAUAAUUACGAUAAAAAGUGGGGAAUGCCUAUGUGUGCUGGUGCCAUUGAUGGAACUCAUAUUCCAAUCCUUGCUCCUGAAGAAAGUCAUUUGGCUUACGUAAAUCGUAAAGGAUACCACAGCAUUAUAAUGCAAGCAGUGGUGGAUUCAAAUUAUAUAUUUAGAGAUGUCGUCAUAGGCUGGCCAGGGAGUGUUCAUGAUGCACGAGUAUUGUCCAACUCAUCAAUCUACCAGAAGGGCAACAAUGAUCAGCUUUUUCCCGAGAUACCCGCAAAACAAAUACAAGGCGAGAAUGUAUCACCUUUUAUCAUUGGUGACCCAGCAUAUCCAUUACUACCAUGGCUUAUGAAACCGUAUCAAGUAAGUUCUAACUCUCCCCCUGCUGAGCGUGUCUUCAACUAUUCUCUCAGUCGUGCCAGAAUGACUGUAGAGAAUACAUUUGGAAGAUGGAAAGGUAGAUUUGCCAGGUUUUUGAAACGUGUUGACAUGUGUGUUACAUCAGUUGUUCCAGUCACAAAGGCUUCUUGCAUCCUACACAAUUUAUGUGAAAUGCAGAACAAUAACUUCCUUCCUGAAUGGGAAGAGGCAAAUUUACCUCUGGAUGAACCCAUAUGUAGGCACAAUGACAUUGUGGCUACUGAUGCUGAGGACACUCGGGCAGCUUUGACAGAAUUUUUUAUGGGACAACAACCUUAA